AUGGCACGAAGACCUAUGGGCAAGAGGAAAUCAUCACACCUAAAGUUAGGGUUAUCUAGUGGACGUAAAUGGGACGCCAAAAGUUCAUUGUCAGAGGUGGAGGAGAUAUUUAUAGAAGCUGCAGAAUAUGGAGAUUUUCCUACUAUCAAAUCUAUCUUGAAAGAAAGAGAAAAAGAACAGCUUCCAUUUUCAGUUGAUUACACGGACAUUGUUGGUCGCACACCACUGCAGUUGGCAGUUGCAAAUGAACAUUUAGAGGUUGUUGAAUUGCUCUUAGGACAUUCAAAUAUAACCAACAUCCAUGAAGCUUUGCUCCAUGCAAUCAGCAAAGGUCAUGAACACAUUGCAGAAUCCAUUUUAAAACAUCCUAAAUAUAUAGAACUUAAGCCAAAGAACAAACGAAUAGGGGAGACGGACCAUUUCUUCAACCAAACAAAGGAAGACUCGCCUUUCUCUUCGGACAUUACUCCUCUCAUACUUGCUGCAGAACGAAAUCAGAUCGAGAUCGUUCAGUUGUUGCUUCUACGUGGAGAGAAGAUCAAGAAGCCACACCAUUAUUAUUGUAGCUGCCAGGAAUGUAGCAACAAACUGGAAUUCGAUGAGCUGCGUUUGGCAAAAACUCGCUUAAAUGCUUAUAAGGGAUUGGCUAGUUGUACGUAUAUAUCGCUGACGAGCGAAGACCCUGUGUUGACAGCUUUUGAAUUGGCCAAAGAGCUUCGAUAUGUAUCGACAAUUGAGAAAAGUUUCAAGACAGAAUACUUGGCACUUGCCGACCAGCUUAGUGACUAUGUGGUUAGACUGUUGGACAAGGUCAGAGGUCAUGAUGAACUGGAAAAACUGAUAAACAAAAAGCGUCGAGACCCGCAGGAUGAAUCUUACGAUCUCCUGGCACGACUGCAAAUAGCCAUCCAAUGCAACGAAAAAAAGUUUGUGGCUCAUCCAAGCUGUCAACAGAAGCUAGUAAGUAUCUGGUAUGAUGACUUCCGGAUCAUCGAACGCUCCCACUGGAUCACACGGAUAUUUAUCGUGUUAGGGAUAUCUUUUACAUUUCCAUUCCUGUCUUUGUUGUACUGGAUCGCUCCCAAUACAAAGGCUGGAAAACUGAUAGAAAUUCCAUGUAUCCGAUUCAUUGGUCACACGCUUUCCUUUUUAUUGUUCCUUACGCUUAUCCUAAUAUCUACAUUGGCAGAAGGCGUGACAGAGACCAACAAACUCUCGUUCUUCCUCUCAACACACGAGAAAUAUCGAUGGUACAAAAAUCAGAGCACUCAACCGUUGCCAGACGAUUUUGCAAUCCGCGGCUAUAGCCCCGAUAUUAUAACCAUCCUCUUGUCUCUCUGGGUUUUUGGUAUGUUAUUACAAGAAAUGAAACAGGUGUACAGUGAUGGAAUCUCCAAUUACUUUGAUUCCUUGUACAAUUAUAUGGACGUAGCAGUCCUAACACUGUACAUCACUUCCUUUACCUUGAGAUAUCUUAGCAUAUUUAAGACUAGAAUGGCUUUGAGGUACUUUGAGAAUGGCUUGUCUUGGCGAGGUCUACUUUAUGGCAGUCAGGAAGCAGGGGAACAGUUAUAUUGGAUCAUUGCAGAUCGAUUCUACUGGGAUUCCAUGGACCCACACAACGUGGCAGACGGCAUGUUUGCGAUGGCAAACGUCAUCAGUUUUUGCCGUGUUACUCAUGUAUUACACGCUUAUGAACUGUUUGGACCGAUGCAGAUUUCAUUAACAAGAAUGAUUGGGGAUAUUCUCCGGUUUGCUGUGAUUUUCAUGGUAGUUUUUGUGGCGUUUCUGGUUGGUUUACACAAUCUAUACUGGUAUUAUCCAAAGGAAACAAGGAAAUAUAUUGAAUUUAUCCCAAACAACAUAACCACAUCAGCAGAAAAAGCAUUUGGUUUUCCAACGACAUUUCACACGGUAUUCUGGUCUUUGUUUUCCCUUGGUGAACCCACCGUGGUAGAACUGGGCGCCUUUGAUCACUAUUUUACUCAGAACGUCGGGUACUGGAUCUUUGGUGCUUACAACAUUGCUACCGUCAUUGUAUUACUUAACAUGCUCAUCGCUAUGAUGUCCAGAUCUUUUGAAAAAAUACAGGAGGAAGCCGAUACCGAAUGGAAGUUUGCAAGAAGUAAAAUUUACAUGGAGUUUAUAAAGAAUAGUAAUGAUUUGCCAGUUCCUUUUAACAUCUUCCCGACCCCUCGAUCGAUUUGUCGGAUGUUUGGUUCUUGUUGCUGUAAAAAGGGACAAAACGAAUCAACCCAAGAGUCAGAGGAUGUGGAGGACCCAUCGAAGCCUAAAUUACCACCAAGAACUCCAGCACAGCAAAGACUUACUAAUGGCUUUAUGCGGAACGAUUCAAACAAAAGCAUAAUUCGUGACGAAAAACUUACAUAUAGGAAAGUAAUGAAGAGAAUUGUGAAACGAUUUGUGUUUGACAUGGAGAGAGAUGUAGAGAAUAGAGAUGCUGAACUUGAUGAAUUAAAGCAGGACAUAUCUAGUUUCCGAUAUGAAAUUUUGAACCAAAUGCAACAGAAGAAAAGACACGUCAAAGUUGUUGAAAUUAAAGUCCAAAAAUUAGAAACAAAACUAGAUUUUCUUAUUCAACAACAGAGGAAGGUGCUGCAAAAAAUGAAUCCUGACGUAUUGGAAGAUUUGCCAGAAGAACCCGAACCAGCAAUUACAUCGAGCAGACGAUCGAAACUCACCGACAGCUCUUAUUGGUCGAUUGAUAGUGCGUCAUCAGCAGACGAACAGUAUCAUGCAAGUGAAGGCAUGGAAAAUGAAAGCAUAGGCGGAGAUAUUUCGAAAAUUGAGGAGGAUCCUUUGGAACCACAACCAGAAACAUGAUUUGUUCCCCUUUAAACUUCUGUUAGAUCUUCAUAUAGUUCUUUUGGUAUUUUGUCUUGUGAAGAUAAAGAAUUGGUUUGUGGAAUGGAAGUCUUUCCUCGAUUUUUUUUUACAUUUUUUAUUGUGAUAACCUAAUAUACAUAUCAGACUCUUGUGAUAUUUUGUUUUGUAAGUUCUUGUGCUGUUGGUUUAAAUAUCGGGUGGAUUCUCUAUGGGUUCUUGUUGUCAGGACAACGUCCCUUUCCCCAUAUUCGACUGUACGAUAUUUUUGUAGUUAUCUUGAAAACUACGUUUUGAAUUAUUUUUGUUUUAAAUACGCGCGGGAAUUCUAAAUCAACAUUUGAUAGAUUAACGAAAAAAAAAGAUGUGAAAUGAUGUCAAAUACAUGUACUUCUGGCCUAUAAUUUCUUUUGCCCCCUCAAAAAAUAAUCGAAAAUAAAGACAGAUUUUAAAAAGUCUCA